AAUUAUAAACAUUGCUACAGGCUGUCCCACCCUGAUCAGGCAAUAUAAACUCAGUGUAGACAGCCUGGAGAAAUCAAGUGGAGGUUCCAGGCACCCAGGAUUUGCAGCAAGGACCAGUAACCCCUGCUUGCAAGAAUGUGCUCCCUCCCCAUGGCAAAAUACUACAUAAUUAAGGAUGCAGAGCAGAAGGCUCUGUACAUGAGAGAUGGCCAGUUCCUGGUGGGAGAUCCCGAUGCAGACGACUGUCAUGCAGAGACCAUCUGCAUACUCCCCAACAGAGGCCUGGAACGCACCAAGUUCCCCAUCUUCUUGGGGGUCCAGGGAGGUAGCCGUUGCCUGGCAUGUGUGGAGACAGGGGAGGGGCCUUCCCUGCAGCUGGAGGAUGUGAACAUCGAGGACCUGUACAAGGGCGGAGAAGAGGCCACCCGCUUCACCUUCUUCCAGAGAAGCUCGGGCCCUGCUUUCAGGCUCGAGGCUGCUGCCUGGCCUGGCUGGUUCCUCUCUAGCUCCUCUGAACCCCAUCAGCCCAUGCGACUUAGUAAGGAGAGUGAGCCCUCAGCCCGCACUGAGUUCUACUUUGAACAGAGUCGGUAGGGAGGCAGGAAGCUGGGUUCUGGCCUGGUGCUCCCAAACCAAGCUCAUCCUACUGAGGGUUGAGCAGAAUAAUGGCCCCCUCAAAGAACUCCACAUCCUGAUCUCCAGAACCUGUGAAUAUGUUACCUUACCUGGCAAAAAAAGGGACUUUGCAAAUGUGAUUAAGUGAAGGCUAAUCCAUCCUGGGUUAUCCCAGUGGACCCUUCAUGAUUAAUCAUCAGGGUCCUCAUAUGAGGGAGGCAGGAGGGUGAGAGUAAGAAAGAGAAUGGAAGAUGCAAUGCUGCUAACUUUGAAGAUGGAGGAAGGGGCUGUGAGCCAACGAAUGCAGGUGGUUCCUAGAAGCUGAAAAAGGGCAGGGGAUGCAUUCUCCCCUACAGCUUCUAGAAGAAACACAGCCCUGCCAACUUGAUUUUAGUCCAGUGAAGCCCAUUUCAGACUUCUGACCUCCAGAA